GGUUGUCCCCCUCUUAUUUAUCGUUUAGUGUUCACAAGUCAAAUUCUGUUUAGUUUCUGCUCACCGGCCGUCGGCGUUGUUACUGGCGAUUUAUACUACUGUGCUCAGUACAAGAUAAAUCGUAACAACGCCAUCAAAGAUAAAAAUGGCUCAGUUUGCGCUAGCACUAUUGUUAUUGGGCCUUUUCUCAAAUGGUGUAUUAUCGGUUAAUGAUCGUCUCCGAGAAGUUUUUAAUUGGAGACAAGUAGAUUUUGUGUUUCCUGAUCAACAAACAAGACAACAGGCGAUCAAUAAUAGAGAGUUCAUUCAAGCUAAUAAUAUGCCUUUGGGCUUGGAAGUUUGGAGAAAUAGAUUGUUCAUUACUGUACCCAGAUGGAAGGCCGGUGUGGCAUCCACAUUGAAUUACAUAAAUUUGGAUUCAAGUAAUCGCAAUCGCUCACCACCACUUAUUCCUUAUCCAAGUUACGAAAUGAACCGUUUGCCAACUCGUUAUGAGCGACCAGUUGACCACAUAAUCAAUACUUUUCGUCUGAGUGUUGAUAAGUGUGACCGCUUAUGGGCGAUUGAUAUGGGAGCUUCAAAUGGGACAAUUGUAGGAGAACCACAGUUGUUUAUAUUUGACUUGAACCGAGACCGUACUGUUAGACAAUUCACUAUCAGUUCUCGAUUGAGACGUACCGAUGGUAGUACUUGGUUUCCUGGUUUGAUUGUCGACUCAGAACCUGGGGAAUGUGACCGCUCUUUUGCCUACUUACCAGACAUAGGUUGGGGCAUGGUUGUAUACAGCUUUCAGUCUAACGAAGCAUGGCGCAUUGAACAUAAUUACUUCUAUUUCGACCCAUUAUCCACAGUAUUCAAUAUGGGUGGUGUACGGGUAGAAUGGACUGAUGGUGUAUUUGGUUUGGGUUUGUCGGAACGCCAUUCUGACGGUUACCGGACUCUUUACUUUCAAGCAUUAGCUAGCACACGAAUAUUUUCUGUCAAUACACGUUUACUUCAGGCAAAUGUCAGCAUGACAUCGGAAAUUUUUGACCAAUACGUUCAUCAUGGACAUCGUCCUGCUGGAAUGCAAGCUGCUUCCAUGUCUAUGGACGAGGUAUCUGGGGCUAUAUUUUUUGCUUUGAUUAAUCAAGACGCUAUUGGUUGUUGGAAUCCUAGGCGUUUUCAAAGGCAUUCUAUCGGAAAUAGUGCCAUUGUUGCUCAGGAUCGUACCACUUUAUUUUUCCCUGCUGACCUUAAGGUCGAUUUGCAAUCGAACUUUUGGGUACUCAGUGAUAGGAUGCCCGUAUUUCGAUUCCAGGUAAACCGUUUUGAUGUCAAUGAUGUCAAUUACCGUGUUUUCACUGCACCAGUAUCUGAAUUAAUCAGAGGUACCGUAUGCGAGAGUAAUGGUGGAUUCAAUGGAAAUUUUAAUAAUAUUAAUGGAAAUGCUGGGAGUGUAAAUUUUAAUGAUAACAUUAACUUUAACAGCCAAAAUGAAAAUUUCAAUAACAAUGAUAAUAUCAACUUCAAUAAUGGACUUGGUAUUAAUCCGUCGCGCCCACCGCGUCCUAGUACACCAAACUUUAAUAGAGGAGAAAACGCUAAUGGCUGGUCAACUCCUAAUAGAAAUAAAUAACAUGAAUACAACCAAUAUAAAUUAAACAAAACAAUUGCAAUUUAUCUUAUGUAAAUAUUUUUAAAUUUACCAAUAAAUCGUAUUUAAUUUUGUAAUAUGUAUUAAGCAUUUUACAAUAUGAUAAAUGUGUAACUGACUAGCUUUAUAUUAAUUUAUUUGUGUAACUGAAAGACUGUAACAGAUUUUAUGUAUUAUAUUCGCAAUUUUUUAUUUUUAUGUACUAAUAUUAUUUGAUGUGUACCACUUGAACAUUUUUUACAUAUAUAUGCUUAA